UACGGUGGAGGGAGCCCUCGUGGGAGACCCAAUGAAUAAAACCUGAAAAAGGAAAAAUAAUUCCUCCUCGUUGCCUUCUCCCAAGAGCCUCAAAGGAGGAGAAACCCUCAUCGGCUUCUUAGUUACAGACAUGAAUAAAAUUAGAAAACCUUUUGGAUUCAUAUCAUAAAUGACACUAUGUUUUAACCUUGAUUUUCUUGACAAGUAACCACCAUUACAAACCCCUUCUUACUUUCUGAUAUAUAGUUUCCUACAAACAUUUUAUUUUUUCUUUUUACUAACCGAUCAACAAUGUCGAAAAACUCACCAAGAAUCAUCCAAGGUCUUCUCAAACUCCACUACAAUCAUGUUUCUACUUCCAAGCCCUCACCUUUAACCACUCCUUCUCUUGCCUCUAGAAUUUCUACCUCUUUUACCAGACCUUACUCAAAUGCCUCCUCAAAUUUCACUCCUUUAAACUCUCAAAUCCCAUGUUUUACUUCAAAACCCACUUCUUCUAAUCUGGGUUUAUCUCAGAUUCUCUCCUGUACAAAACCCAAUUCUUCAUUUUCUAAAAAUGGGAGUUUUUUCUAUGGGGUGAGGCAGUUUUCUUUCAAAGGUUCUUCGGAUUUGGGGAAAAGGGUUGAUGGGAAUUUUGCAAAAAAGCUUCUUGAGAAGCCGGCCACUGCUUUUACUUCUGCUUUCUCGAGGUACCGUGAAGCUUUAGGGUUGCAAAUUGAUGCCUUUUUAAAGAGGAAUUCCUUGUUUUUGAUCGGGGCAGGAGGAGUGAUAAUUUGUGCUUUGCUUUGGAGGAUUAUGUUUGGUAUUGCUAAUACUUUUGUUAGUCUAUCUGAAGGCAUGGCGAAGUAUGGGUUUCUCGCCCUUUCAUCUGCCAUCGUUGCCUUUUCUGGCCUGUAUAUCCGCUCAAGAAUUACAAUCAAUCCUGAUAAAGUUUAUAGAAUGGCCAUGACAAAGCUGAACACCUCAGCUGGGAUUCUUGAGGUUAUGGGUGCUCCUCUCACAGGAACAGUAUUAAGAGCCUAUGUGAUGUCAGGAGGUGGACUUGUUCUAAAGAACUUCAAGCCAACUGUUAGGAGCAAGCGGUGUUUUCUCAUCUUCCCAAUACAAGGUUCUGAGAGAAAAGGUCUAGUCAGUGUCGAAGUUAAGAAGAAGAAAGGCCAGUAUGAUAUGAGGUUAUUGGCUGUUGACAUCCCCAUGGCAUCAGGACCUGAUCAGCGAUUAUUUCUGAUUGGAGACGAAGAAGAAUACAAGGUUGGUGGUGGUUUGAUAUCUGAGCUGAGAGAUCCUGUUGUGAAAGCAAUGGCAGCAAGCAAGGAAUUUGAUGAUCUUGAUCAAAUUGAGGAAGAGGAGGAUGCUGAGAAGGAACUUCAGGAAGCUGAAAGAAAGCACCGUGAGGAAAUUGAAAAGCUUGAAAAAGGUGGCUCCUAGUGCCUCUUUAGUAAAUUGAUGUUCGUUUCCCUUCCAUUCAUUCCUGUUGUUUUUCAUUUCCAUGGAUUUGUUUUGCUUAAUGGAGGCCCAUGGCUUGAUUUACGGGCAUCAUGACUAGUAUCGCAUUUUGUGCGAAGUUUUCCUGAACUGCUAACGAGUCAUCUUCAGAAAUCUCAAAAGUUUUUGUACUAUUGAAGUUGAGAUGGCCCGUAUGAGGCAAUAAAAGCAUACAACUGGGGCAGCCUUCCACACAGAAGGCAUUUUUUUCUGA